GUAGGAAGUGCAGCGCUGCACAGCAGAUAUGAAGAUCACAUCUGAACACUCCAAUCACCCUGACAACAAGCACAAAAACAGAUACAUCAACAUCAUAGCCUAUGACCACAGUCGAGUGAAGCUCAGGGCUCUGGCAGGAAAAGACUCCAAACACAGUGACUACAUCAAUGCCAACUAUGUGGAUGGCUACAAUAAACCCAAGGCCUACGUCGCAGCUCAGGGUCCUCUCAAGUCCACAUUCGAGGACUUCUGGCGGAUGGUGUGGGAACAAAACACCGGCAUUAUAGUCAUGAUCACUAACCUGGUGGAGAAAGGCAGAAGAAAAUGCGACCAGUACUGGCCGACAGAGAACAGCGAGGAAUAUGGGAAUAUUGUGGUGACUCUGAAGAGAACCAAAGUAAUGGCGUGCUACACACUCCGCAUCUUCACUAUCAGAAACACCAAAGUAAAGAAGGGUCAGAAGGGUAACACUAAGGGACGUCAGAGUGAAAGAACAGUUCUGCAGUAUCACUACACUCAGUGGCCAGAUAUGGGUGUCCCUGAAUACACGUUACCUGUGCUCACCUUUGUCAGGAGGUCCUCUGCCGCACAGACUCCAGAGAUGGGCCCCAUGCUUGUACACUGCAGUGCUGGCGUGGGCAGGACAGGAACUUAUAUUGUGAUUGACAGCAUGCUACAACAGCUGAAAGAUAAAGGCUCAGUCAAUGCGCUGGGUUUCCUCAAACAUAUACGCACUCAGAGAAACUACCUGGUCCAAACGGAGGAGCAGUAUAUCUUCAUCCACGAUGCCUUGAUGGAAGCCAUUCUUGGGAAGGAAACAGAGGUGCCCUCUAGUCAGCUGCACAGUUAUGUCAACAACAUCCUGACGCCGGGCCCAGGGGGCAAAACACGACUGGAGAAGCAGUUCAAGUUGGUGACUCAGUGCAAUGCAAGAUUUGUGGAGUGCUUCAGUGCUCAAAAAGAAUGCAACAAGGAGAAGAACCGCAACUCUUCUGUUGUCCCAUCGGAAAGAGCACGUGUUGGUCUCGCACCGUUGCCUGGGAUGAAAGGCACUGAUUACAUCAAUGCAUCUUAUAUAAUGGGCUACUACCGGAGCAAUGAGUUCAUCAUUACCCAGCAUCCCUUGCCUCACACCACUAAAGAUUUCUGGAGGAUGAUCUGGGACCACAAUGCUCAGAUCAUCGUCAUGUUACCAGACAACCAGGGCCUGGCGGAGGAUGAGUUUGUGUAUUGGCCGAGUCGAGAGGAAGCCAUGAACUGUGAGGCGUUUACAGUCACUCUUAUCAGUAAAGACAGACUCUGUCUCUCCAGUGAGGAGCAAAUCAUCAUUCAUGACUUCAUCCUGGAGGCCACACAGGAUGAUUACGUUUUAGAAGUUCGUCAUUUUCAGUGCCCAAAAUGGCCAAACCCUGACGCUCCCAUAAGCAGCACCUUUGAGCUCAUCAAUGUCAUCAAAGAAGAGGCCAUGACUAGAGAUGGACCCACUAUAGUGCAUGACGAAUUUGGUGCAGUGUCUGCUGGGAUGUUAUGUGCUCUCACCACACUCUCACAGCAGCUGGAGAGUGAUGGAGCUGUGGGGGUCUACCAGGUGGCCAAGAUGAUCAACCUCAUGAGACCAGGAGUCUUUACCGACAUUGAACAGUACCAGUACCUUUACAAAGCUAUGCUCAGCCUGAUAAGCACUAAAGAGAACGGAUCCAGUCCCAUGUCCCUGGACAGAAACGGCAGCGUGGCCAUGUCUGACGAAUCGGACCCGGCCGAAAGCAUGGAGUCGCUCGUCUAAAGCCCCCCGAACAGGCGCGAAGAGGCACUUACUCGAACUUUGUAAAACUUCAAGGACUAAGACAGACUUUUUCUGAGGCCUUUUUUGCCAGAACUCUUGGUUAAAAGAAUAACCUGAUUACUUUUUUACACUGAUAAAAAGUUUUUGAUAUUUAUUUUUUCGCCAUUUUAUGUCUUAAUGUUAUCCUACUGAACAUUUGCACCGACGUUUUUUGAGUUCGCAACAAACGAAACGAAAUGAAACACAGUUCUGUCUAGUUUGCACUAUGAAAAUAUCAGUGUUACUGCCUACUCCUGCAUCUCCACCACAGUCGGUCUCUCUCACUCACUUUGAACUCUCACUGUCAAGCCCUUAUUCUGACAUUCCAUAAUAAAGCUGCUCUCCGAAGCUUUAGAAAUAUCCUCCACAAGCGAAAAACACUUUCCACGCACACCUCAGACGCUGGAAAAAGAGAUUAUUCCCAUGUCCAACUUGCGAAGACCCACCACAAAGCGUCAGAUUCACCGAUGAAAGACCGUAUGAGCAAUAUGGAUUAUGUUCGUUUUGAUUUUCGUUUGCUUUGAUCAUUUCACGCACCCCGAAUAGUAUAUCUACUCAUUACGCGUCUAGUUAAACCCAUAUUUACUUUCGAAAGGUGGUAUUAAAACAGCUACUGUGAACUUUUGUAUGAUUCAUAUUCUGCUUUUAAUAUAUAUGAAUAUAUCGUAUAUCAUGAUAACUUGUGCUUUUGUAAAUGUUAACUGUCUCUACGAGCAGCCGUCACAGUCUGUGCUCUUGGUCGAAGGAUCUGAAGAGCCCGUGACUUCUCUAGCACCCCCUGCUGGUUUGAUUUCUCCAUUGCUUUACGCUGCAAGCUGCUACUUUUGUCACUUGAGAGUGCAACUCAACAUGUAAUGAUAAAAUGCGACUCAUAAUGUAGGAGUUAAUUCUGUUCUCUGCCCACUUCAUUUUGUAAUUUUUCUACUGCUCUACUUCGUCCUGGGUUCACUGACAUAAGCCGUCCCAUAACUUUGAGAAUAAUGUAUACAAGUCUCUCGAUGCCUUCUGUACAGUCUCAUUUCACCUCGGCAGGUGUGUGUGUAUGUGUGUGAUAUAGGUGUGUGUUGUGUUUGGUAUUGACUGGUUUUACUAGAAGCUUGUAGACUCAGUCCGAGCAUUUCUUCACUAAACCGACCUCUUUUAGUGUCUCUCAUUUCUUGUCAUUGAUUCUCAGAUACUGCUAGGAAAAACAGUUACUGUAAUAUCGUAAACGGUUGUCUCAUGCCAUACAGCACAAAGGCCUUGCUAAAAAAACAUUCGAAUCAUCGCUUCGAAAACUGGGGACCCGCGAUUCAUUAAUUUUUACCAAAGACUACACUUCAGUCAUGAAACGUGAGAACGUUUUUAUUUUUAGAAUUGGGUAAAGUGUUUUUGGUAGUGACUGGAAAAACAAUGUUGAAAAUAUCCACAGGCAAAAUUAUGUUGUUGUUUCGUUGUAUGUGUUUGCUUUGCAUCUAUGUUUUUUGUUGCGUUCUUAGUAGUUUUGUUUGUUUCGGUUUUGUUUUUGUCUAAGUUGCUUCGCUGAGCAUUUGUUUAUCCGACAGGUCACCUUUAUUUUUGUUUGGUUUCUUGUUAUGUUGCAAUGAGAAUGUACACUAUUACUGAUUUCUUUUGAUGUGAAGAAGAAAGCUGUUGAAUUUUUGUUUGACUUUUGAAAUGCUUUCGAAAGUUUGACUAUGUUAUGCUGUUGAGAUGGAGAAGACACACAUUGAAGGUGUUUACUCAGUUCAUGUCUUGGUUCUCCUAAGAAGGAGGCUGGAAAAUGAAGUCACAUCUCUCCAACAUUUGGGGUAAUAUUCUGACUUUGCUUGUGCAUCGCGUAAGAUAAUUGGAGCUGCAAGUUGCAUAAAUCUUUUCUAACAUUUUUGUCCUGUGGUAUCCCUUUUUUCCUUUUCUUGCAUUAUUUGUGGGUUGCAUUUGCAAGCAUAUUUGCAUUAUCAUGUUAAGAAAUGUACAUAUCUAUUUCUUGCUUCAUUAGCUCAUCAGUCUCUAAAAGCUUUGUAUCCUGGCAUAUAAUUGCAAACUCUCUAUUUUCAUAUGAAUCAAUUUAGUUUGUUCUUAGUUUUGUGUGUAGUUCUCAUUGAUGGUUAACACAAAAUGUCCCCAAAUCCUUCAGAAGGUGGCUGGCAUCACAUUCCAAA